AUGAGAUCCCGCUCUGGGGUCCUGCUCGCCUUCGCCACUGCCGCCGCUGCCUUCGCGCCGGCCCAGCUGCAGCAGCCUCGGCUCUCGUCCGCGACCGCGCCAGCCCUCUUGCCGGCGCGGCCGCUUGCUGCGACGCGGCCGCUUGUUGCGACGCGACCAGCUCGGCAUGCGCAGCCUGCAAUGUUCCUCGGCGUCCGCAAGGCGCUGAUCUCGGUGCCGGUGCUGUACGUGCUGAUGAGCCUCAACGAGUACGCCACCCACCGCUGGUAUCAGCACGAGGAGUUUAACCGCAACCACGCCUUCAACCGCUUCUUCCAGCGGCUGCUGUCGGUGCUCAAGAACAGGCCGAUGCGGCUGCCGGACGGGAGGGCCAACCUGGUCAAGCUCAAGGGCGGGGGACACCACCACGCCGAGACGUACGACGACAUGUCCCUCAAGAAGGACAAGCGCUGGCGGCAGACCAAGGCGAACAGCCCUCGGGACUCGGGUGUCUGCUGGGCUGCGGCCGCUUCGCUCGACUCGGACAUUGCUCGCGGCACCGCCUUCUCGUGGGCGGUCACCGGGAUGAUGACGGUCCAGAUGCUGCCGAGCGCGCUGCCCGUGUUUGCGCUGCUCGGAUUUGGACUGCUCGAGACGCUUGCAGUGCUUCUGCCGGGCAUGCUGGUGCACGCGCUGGUGUGGAACAUGCUCCACCCGCCCAUGCACGGCUUGCCGCCAGUCAAGCUGAAGUAUGGCGCGCCUAGCUGGCCGCUGGAGGGGCUGCGCGACACGGCCUACUUCAAGUACAUCUACGAGAACCACCAGGGCCACCACGUCCUCGGCGGCCAGGCCAACUACAAUGUCUGCUGCCCGCUCACCGACCACCUGCUUGGCACGUACGUCCCGACCGCCACGUGGGUCAAGCGGAUGCGUAAGGUGCCCGGCCCCGAGGGCGAGCGGUGGGGCAUCCCGGUCGAGCCGAAGGGCGUGCCGCAGGCGCCGAUUAUUGCGGCGGGCAAGGCCACCGAGCGGGACUUCACGCCGACCGCGCUCCUCAACGCGCCCGAGCCCGCCUGAAGAAGGGGGGGCGCGAGUAGAGAGGAGCGGUGGGGGGCAAGGCGGUAGAGCCGCCGCCGGGCGUCUGCACUUCCGCUCGUGGCGCGCUCUUUUCGUCCCCACCGACUGACUGCGGUCUGCGGACGACAUUUUGGACGAUCGUCAGAACACGCAUUAAUUA